AUGACUAGACGUGACCUAGCUUUCUCAGUACAGGUCUUAAGUCAGUACAUGCAUUGUCCAAAAGUCUCUCAUAUGGAAGCUGCACUCAGAGUUGUUAGAUAUGUCAAAGAAGUACCUGGACUAGGAUUGUUAAUGCCAGCAGAAAACACACAUCAACUGCUAGCCUAUUGUGACUCAGACUGGGGUGCUUGUUUGGAAACUAGAAGGUCUGUCACUGGUUACUUAGUGAAACUUGGAGGAGCAUUGAUCUCUUGGAAGUCCAAGAGACAGUGUCAAGGAGCUCAGCAGAGGCAGAGUUUAGAAGUAUGGCCACAUGUGCAGCCUAGAUAA